AUGACGCUCGCUAGAAUCAUCCCGGGACUGCUUAUUGUUCUCUUGGUGAUGCGCAACUUGGCCGUUGCCUGGCCAAUGAACCGCAAUGGAGGAGGCCACGAUCCAUUCGAGCCUCCGACUCACGACCUGGUCUCUGGUCCAUCCCAAUUGGUGGCGCCCAACUCACCUGGCACGUCUUCGCCCUCCUGGUCCCCAUCAUUCUCGCCCUCGGACCGCCCGCUCGAUGCGACGGACCACGAGAUCCUCCAAUCCCUUUCGGCGGACCUCACCGCCGGCAGCAGCAAGAAACGCGGUCGAGGUAAGACGCUCAUGGACCGCGAGACGAAACGGCGUUCUCGCUUCGCCAGCGCCCGUCUCGCCUCUGGCUGGCCCGAACCGCCCACCCUGGCGCGUCUCGACGAGGUGCCUCCGCUACGCCAUCUGGUGGGCAGGGGCGAACUUGCCUACGUCAGCGACAACUCCGUUCGGGAUCGCAUCGUCAAUGGGUUGUUUGCUGGCAAGCUGCGCUGGGUGGACAAGCGCGAGAUGCCGACAGGUUUCGAUCCAAGGGCAUACCACAAACGCUCACCUUACAUGAAUCCGAGCAGAGUGCUCCCUCUGCCCAAUACAGGCGCAGAGGGAUUGACGCACGUGCACAUGACGCAGCACAACAUGCCCAUAAGAAAGGGCGGCGUGCUCGUAGGGAGCGUGCUGGAGGGCAAGCCGUAUUAUGCGUUUUGGGGGGUGGCUCAGCACGAAGUGAAAGAUAAGGUACCCGUGACGUUUUACGGCGCCGGGUGGUUUGACGGCAUGCAUGUGGACGAGGUAGAUGCGCAUCUUGGAUCGCUGUUGGAACACAUGAAGAGAGGUGUGGCGAGGUGA